UCCCACUCCUCGGAAUCGCUCGCUCCGAAGCUGCCGACAGUCAAUAACAUUGAAAGCUGAUUGAAUAAUAUUAACCGGUUUAUGUCCAGUAAGAACGUAUCAAUGGGAGCCUAUAACGAACGGUAGGUAUACUCGCGUAUCAUAAAAUAGAUGAGUAAAGACCGCAUAAUGAAAUUGUAAUAAUGAAUUGUGGAUUUUCAAUGUUUUUUAAAAACUUUAAUAUCAGUAUUUACAAAGGCUAACGACGGUGUAGUAAGCACUGGAUUUUAGUUUCCCCACUGGAGAUAAAAGGAUACUAGAAGACGUCUGCAUAAUUGUGUCCUGUCUUCUGCGAGGUAUCCCGACAACCAUCUAUACUUCGUUGAUCAAUCACCAUGGAAGGCGAAGGAAAGGGGUUGACGCUCCAGCUGAUGAUGGCAGUGGGAACAGCUGUGAUUGGCUCGCUGCAGUUUGGCUACAACACAGGGGUCAUCAAUGCUCCCCAAAAGAUCAUCGAAGGCUUCCUGAAUGACACGUGGAACAGCAGGUACUCUGAGCCCAUCCCUACUACUUCCCUAACCACCCUGUGGUCCAUAUCCGUGGCCAUCUUCUCUGUCGGGGGCAUUUUCGGCUCCUUCUCCGUGGGCCUCUUUGUCAACCGCCUGGGCAGGAGAAACUCGAUGCUUAUUGCCAACGUGCUGGCGUUCAUCUCCGCCGGGUUCAUGGGCUUCUCCAAGCUGGCGGCGUCGUGGGAGAUGCUGAUUAUCGGGCGCUUCAUUGUGGGGCUCUACUCCGGCCUGUCCACUGGCUUCGUGCCCAUGUACGUGGGAGAGAUUGCUCCCACCUCGCUCCGCGGGGCGCUGGGCACUCUGCACCAGCUGGGCAUCGUCCUUGGCAUCCUCAUGGCACAGGUGUUUGGGAUCGAGUCGAUCAUGGGGAACUCCACUCUGUGGCCCUUCCUACUGGGCUUCACAUUCAUCCCAGCCAUGCUGCAGUGUAUCCUGUUACCCUUCUGCCCCGAGAGCCCCCGCUUCCUCCUAAUCAACCGCAACGAGGAGCUCAAGGCCAGAGAAGUGCUGGAGAAGCUGCGAGGCACUGAGGAGGUGGGCGCCGACAUGCAGGAGAUGAAGGAGGAGGCCAGGCAGAUGAUGAAGGAGAAGAAGGUGACCAUCCUGGAGCUGUUCCGCUCGCCACUCUACCGCCAGCCCAUCUUCAUCGCCGUCAUGCUCCAGCUCUCCCAGCAGUUGUCUGGCAUCAACGCUGUUUUCUACUACUCCACCAGGAUCUUUGAGAAGGCGGGAGUCUCUCAGCCAGUCUAUGCUACGAUUGGUGCCGGAGUGGUCAAUACAGCCUUCACUGUUGUGUCUCUAUUCGUCGUGGAGCGUGCUGGGCGAAGAUCCCUUCACCUCACUGGGUUGCUGGGGAUGGCAUUCUCAGCUGUCCUGAUGACAAUCGCUAUGGCACUACUGGACCAGCUGCCAUGGAUGUCCUACGUCAGCAUCGUAGCCAUCUUUAGCUUUGUGGCCUUCUUUGAGAUCGGCCCGGGCCCCAUCCCCUGGUUCAUUGUGGCUGAGCUCUUCAGCCAAGGUCCUCGGCCCUCUGCCUUUGCCGUUGCUGGAUUCUCCAACUGGUCGGCUAACUUCAUAGUGGGCAUGACCUUCCAAUACGUUGAGCAACUGUGUGGCCCCUACGUCUUCAUCAUCUUCACUGUGCUACUGCUGGGCUUCUUCAUCUUCACUUAUUUCAAGGUGCCCGAAACCAAGGGACGGUCGUUUGACGAGAUCUCAGCCGGCUUCCGCCAUGAGGCCGGACAGUCAGGGGAAAAGUAUGCUCCUGAUGAGAUGAACAGCCUUGGGGGAGCCGACUCUCAACUUUAAGAUCUCCGACAACACCCCCAACCUCCUUCAAUACUACUGAUAGACUGGGUGGGCAACAUACGCCUGGGCAUUUCUAGUUUAGGGACGAGUGCCACUCCUAUAGGCCUUCAGUGUCCCACCUGUGGUAAACUGAUGACUGCAGUAUGCAUGGGGUUCCAGGAGGGCGCGAUGAGAGACUGCAAAUUCACAAUAGAGAUGUGUAGAGAUCGCAAUGUUGUAUGUUUCAUUAUGGUGUCUGUGGCAGCAUGGGCAGCACCAUUGAGGCCAACUCCAUUUUAAAGUAGUACAUUUUCUUCUUUUGAUGUUUAAAAAAAAGUGUAAUGCUAUUGUGAUUUACCACCACCUGCAGUGCUGUAGUCUUGAAACAAAUCUGGGGUGUCAUUCAUUUAUUAUGUCAACUAGAUGGCUGUGAUAUAGCUUAAAAGCCCGUUACAAACUAGGCAAAACAAUUUGAAGACAAUGCUCUGAUCAUUGAGAGAAUCUCAAUUGCAUUGUCCUCGCGUCCUCUCGUCUCCUUUUCAAAAUCCAUUGGAAGAGGUCAGAGGCGAGGGACCUCUGGCUUUUUCAUCCAAUGGGUUUUGAGAAGGAAGAGAGGAGAGAGAACGCGAGGCGUAUGCAAUUGAGAUUCUCCCAUUGGCCUUCCCCACCCAGCUGACUACUUUAAAAUGGUGGAAGACCUCAAUGGCAAUGUCCAUGCAAAAAAUGGUUAUUUCCAAGUAGCGAUCUCUAUACAUCUCUAUAGUAUUCACAGGAAGUAGAGGCUCUCCUUGUUGACCCUUGUGUAAUAUUGGCAGAUAUCCAUAUCAGAUACGGAAGAGAAAGCGAGACAUCUCACAGGCAAAUUCUUUCAUCUCCGAUCGGGUGGUGCAAACGGGGGAGAGGGGAAUAAGUAGACCAGAGCCAGCUGUUAUAAAAGGGUGUUUAUGAGACAUCUUCAUUAUCUUGUUGGUUUAAAUCCUCAUCAGCCUGAAUGGGAAAAUAGCUCUUUAUCCUCUUUUGGUCUCUUCCUGCAGCUUAAAGGGGCUGACUUGGUUGCUAUUAAGAUAACAAAGUGAAACACUGAAUUAAACCAUGCUUUCCAUUCCACUUAUCCAAUCCUUAAUAUCACCACAGACUAUGCAGUUAGUGAGACACAUUCUCAAUUCCAACUGUUCAUCCACAAUUUACUUCAGCAAACUCUGACAAUAAAAACAAAGACCCUAGACCAAUUUAAUUGACAAAAGCCAAGACCAAGCCGAGAUAUUGUAAAAUGCAUGUCAAUAUUUGACUUAUUUGUGUCUUUGCUCUUCUGUUACUGAGGAGCAAUAUGAACAAUCUUUGCUAAAGCAUUCUAUUUACGCCAUGAGAAAUUAAUUAAUUAUGAAGCCAAUCCUAAUCAUGGAAGUUUAAUUAUAUAUCCCUCAAUUAUUUUCUUUAUUAGGUGAAGUGUUAUAUUGUAUCUUAAUACUAGCAACAGUGGUGUAGUGGAGGGUAAACACAAGUAAACACAGUUUACCCAGCUUUUUUUGCCCAACAGUUUACCAUGGUCUUGUCAAAUUGUUGAACUAGAUCACAUUUUAAAAUGAUUGAAUCUGUUUUUCUCUCAACACAAUUGAUUUACAGUAUAUAAAAUAGAAACUUGUAAAUUAUAUUGCAUAAUUAGAUAAUGUCAACUAACCAGGCCUAUCAAGUGUAUUAUUGAACUAUAUUUCUAAUAUUUCUGUAUCUGCCCUUUGAUCUGUUUAACGAAUUGUAGCUGUCGUUGAUCCUCAAUGUUACUUUUGGAAUAUGCAUUUGUGUUCACCACCCCAAUAUAAACUCAGCAAAAAAAGAAACGUCCUCUCACUGUCAAUUGCAUUUAUAUUCAGCAAACUUAACAUAUGUAAAUAUUUGUAUGAACAUAAGAUUCAACAACUGAGACAAACUGAACAAGUUCCACAGACAUGUGACUAACAGAAAUGGAAUGUGUCCAUGAACAAAGGGGGUGUCAAAAGGACCAGUCAGUAUCUGGUGUGGCCACCAGCUGCAUUAAGUACUGCAGUGUAUCUCCUCCUCAUGGACUGCAGCAGAUUUGCCAGUUUUUGCUGUGAGAUGUUACCCCACUCUUCCACUAAGGAACCUGGAAGUUCCAAGACAUUUCUGUGGGGAAUGGCC